CAUACUAGAAUCACAACACUUAUAACUCUAUAUAAUAACUGCAAUCUUCAUUGAUCCACUUAGUUGAACACCAUGAGCUCAUCAAGCUGCGCACCAUGCAGCUUCGUAAUGCAGGUUCUCCGAGGCCGCUGGUUCAUGAUGUUCGCGUCAAUCCUGAUCAUGGCGGCCGCAGGUUUAACCUAUCUCUUCGGAGUCUACUCGAAAGAGAUCAAGUCCACUCUCGGUUACGAUCAGACCACGCUAAACCUGAUCGGUUUCUCAAAAGAUCUUGGAGCUAAUAUUGGAGUCCUCUCCGGGGUCCUCGAUGAGUUUGCUCCGACAUGGAUCGUCCUGCUCGUAGGCUCCUUGAUGAAUUUCGCGGGCUAUUUCAUGAUCUGGUUGGCUGUCACGAAGAGGAUAGCGAAACCUAGUGUCUGGCAAAUGUGUGUUUACAUCUGCAUUGGAGCCAAUUCGCAGAAUUUCGCAAAUACGGGCUCGCUUGUCACGUGUGUCAAGAAUUUUCCCGCGAGCCGGGGGCAUAUGUUAGGGUUAAUGAAAGGCUAUGUAGGGCUUAGCGGCGCGAUUUUUACGCAAUUUUAUUUGGCGAUUUAUGGGGAUGAUGCUAAGUCUUUGAUUCUGCUGAUCGCUUGGCUCCCGGCUUUGAUAUCAAUUUUGUUUAUUUUUAGUAUCAAGCCGAUGAAAAUCUCGAGGCAUCCUCGUGAGGGGAAUGUGUUUUUUCAGUACCUAUAUGUGUCUCUGGCUCUGGCUUUUUUGCUUAUGGGAUUGAAUAUUGCCGAAAAGAAGGUGAGUUUCUCGCACGCGGCGUAUUUAGGAAGUUCGGCUGUGGUGUGUGUUUUGUUGUUUUUUCCGUUGUUUAUAGCAAUGAGGGAAGAAUUUUUGACGUGGAAGUUGAGGCAAGAACAGAUUAAUAGUCACGAUGGGACGAAGGUGAUUGUGGAAGAACCGCCCUUGCCUGUGUCGAAAUCAGCAAUUCUGGAGUGUUCUGAAGGAGAUUCGGAGAAAUUGAAGGUUACGUGGUGGGAAAGUGUCUGUAACAAGCCGAAAAGAGGAGAGGACUAUUCAAUUUCGCAAGCUUUACUAAGCUUUGACAUGAUUUUGCUUUUUAUCGCGACGUUUUGUGGACUAGGUAGCAGUCUGACAACAUUGGAUAAUCUAGGUCAGAUUGGUGAAUCGUUAAACUAUCCGCCUCUGACAAUUAGUACAUUUGUGUCGUUGGCUAGUAUCUGGAACUAUUUCGGGAGAAUUUUCUCUGGAUUCGUCUCUGAGAAGCUGCUCACAAAAUGGAAGAUCCCGCGGACAUUAGUCAUGACAUUUUUCCUUGUAACUGCUGCUGCAGGGGAUCUUAUGAUUGCUCUGCCUUUCCCUGGCUCGGUCUAUGUGGCAUCGUUGCUAAUCGGUGCAUCUUUUGGAGCUCAGUUGACCCUCCUUUUCAUCAUAAUCUCUGAGCUUUUCGGAUUAAAGCACUAUGCAGUUUUGUUCAAUUGUGGACAAUUAGCAAGCCCACUUGGAUCAUAUAUACUUAAUGUACAGCUUGUCGGAAGGCUUUAUGACAAUGAAGCGACAAGGCAGCUCGCGCUAAAGGGGAUGACACGAGCAAUGGUGAAUGAUCUAACUUGUACCGGAAAGGAAUGCUAUCGUUUAUCGUUCUUGGUACUUGCUGCUGUCAAUGCUUUUGGGGCUGUUGCAACAUUUGUUCUGGUAAGGAGAACUCAGAAUUAUUAUAAGUCCGAUAUAUACGAUAAGUAUAAGGCUGAGUUUGAAGCAAAUGAAAGAUUAGAAAUGGCAAAACUCCCUGCAGAAACUGGGAAACAGUAGGACUAGUUGUUUUGUUAGUGUUGAUACCAGGAGUAUGUUCCUUGCUGUCUUUUGUUUUGUUUUGUUCUGUAUUGUAUUGACAAUUUAAUGUCGAGAAGAAUA